AUGCUGGGCUAUUUGAAGUAUGCCGCUGCAGGCUUGGCCGCUGCGACUCUGGUCUCAGGUCAAACGUACACCGACUGCAAUCCAAUGAAAAAAACUUGCCCGGCCAAUCCUGGAACAACCGAGUCGAGACACACUUUUGACUUCACCCAGAGCUCGGGUCUAGAUAAGUGGACUACUACCGCCGGCAACGUCAAGACCGGCUCAAACGGCGCCGAGUUCACUGUCAACAAGAAGGGCGAUGCCCCCACCAUCAAGACAGACUUCUACAUCUUCUUCGGUGAAGUCUCCGUCACCAUGAAAGCAGCCCCUGGCACUGGCAUCGUCAGCAGCAUCGUGCUCGAGUCGGAUGAUCUUGACGAGAUCGACUGGGAAGCCGUUGGCGGUGACACAACCCAAAUCGAAUCAAACUACUUCGGAAAGGGAGAUACCACGACCUACGACCGCGCAAUCUGGCACCCUAUCUCGACACCCCAGGCAACAUUCCAAACCUACAAGGUUACCUGGACCAAAGAAGCCAUCACCUGGUCUGUUGACGGAAAGGUCCUCCGCACUCUAUCCUUCAACGAUGCCAAAUCCGGAACCAGAUACCCCCAGACCCCCAUGAACGUGCGUAUCGGUAUCUGGGCCGGUGGCGACCCAAGUAAUGCGAAGGGCACGAUCGAAUGGGCCGGUGGUGAGACUGAUUACAGCAAGGCUCCUUUCACGAUGUAUAUCAAGGACGUUACUAUUGUCAACUACAACCCGGCCGAGUCUUACACCUGGUCUGACCAGACUGGUUCUUAUGAGAGUAUCAAGUUCACGGGUUCUGUUAACUCGACUUCCGAGACUAACUCGACUUCUUCGACUUCUUCGACCAAGUCGACUGCUUCGACUGUCUCGACUACAUCGAAUACGACUUCGGCUACUACUUCCGGAAGUCUUAUCUCUGCUACCAACACUGCCACGCCGUCUAGCUCUGCCUCCGGUUCUGGCUCUAACUCCGGCUCCAGCUCCGAAUCUGGCUCAGUGUCUUCUAGUUCCAGCUCCCCCUCUGCUUCUCCCGUUUUUAACGCAGCUUCGAACUUGGGCGCUGGUAGCUUGGGUUUCUUGUCUGUCCUUGCGGCUUUCUCCGGGUUUCUUUUCCUGUAG